GAGAAAAUCCAAAUUCAGUCUUUUUCCAACUCGGUCCGCUUACGGUCUAGAGCCCAGCAGCUGCCUACAAUUUAUAAAUUCUCUUCGAUUAAAUUUGUUGUUAUUUCCUUUGUUUCUACUUGUAAACUCUUGUUUCCUCUUUAAUUUUUUUUGUUUUUGUUUUUUUUUUUAAUUUUUUUUUCUCUGCUCGCUUAAAUUCGAAGGCGAUUUUCAUUGCGGGUGUAUCGAAUCCUUAAGGAAAAAAAAAGGUGACAAUAAUGUCUGCAACAGUAAAAUAUCCUUGGGAUUUGCAACAAAAAACUACUUGGUCCUUCUUAAAAUUGACGGCAGUAAUAAACAAAUAAUAAAAUAUAAUAAAAAUCGGUUCAAUUUUAUCGGUCUACGUCUAUCUCUUUUUUACAACCUCUGAUAACCCACUCAAUUUACGAUGUGUGUCGUUGUCGUCUGGUAGCACCAAACCACCACCGACCAUAUAAAACAACAACAACCAAAACCAACUAAACGACCAACCGACCGAACGUCCUGCCUGCCGUAUAUUCUUGCUUGAUUCUUCUGCUGCAGCUAUACAACAACAACAACAAAAAAAAACGGGAAAUGUGUGAUAUAACGUAUGUAUGAUUUUUUUUUUCUUCUUCUACUGAGGCUUUUGUGUAUGCAAAAUAGAGGAAGAGGACUUUUUUUUUAAUAUUCUAAAAAAAAUUCAAAAAAAUAAACAAAAAAAAAAAAAAUAAAUAAAUAUAAAUAAAAGUGCAAAAAGAAAGCACUUCUCGAAGGAAGUGCGAAAGUCCUGUGUGUGUGCGAAUAUGUGUGUGUUUGUGUUUAAGUUUGUUUAAGAAAAAGAAUCUUUAAAAGAAGACAUUGUCGUCAUUGGGUUGUUGUGAUAAAAACAAAGAAGAAAAAAAAGGACAUUUUUCGAAAAGGAUAUUCUGAAGGAGCGGGAAAAAAAGGUGAUAGUCCAGCCCAUGGUGCUAAUUUAAAAAAAAUAAAAUAAAACGUGAAAAGAAAUACUAAUUCAAGAUUUGACAACAGAUAAUCCAAACAUAAAUGAAGAAUCAUGGGAAAUGGAAUGAACAAGGUCUUGCCAGGACUAUACGUUGGCAAUUACCGCGAUUCCAAGGACCCACAACAAUUGGAAAAAUUUCAAAUCACACACAUUAUUGCGAUUCAUGACAGUCCAAGGCGUCUUCUUCCAAACAAACAUUAUCUUUGCGUAAUGGCCGCCGACACACCCGACCAGAAUCUCGCUCAAUACUUUUCCAUCUGUAAUGAUUUCAUUCAUGCGGCCCGUUUGCGCGAUGGUAACGUCCUCAUUCACUGCCUGGCGGGUAUGUCCAGAUCUGUGACAGUUACUGUCGCUUAUAUAAUGAGUGCAACGAAUUUAAAUUGGAAGGAAGCUUUGAAAGUGGUUAGAGCGGGAAGGGCAGUUGCAAAUCCAAAUUUAGGAUUUCAAACGCAAUUACAAGAAUUCGAAAUGUUUCGAUUGAAUGAGGAACGUCGACGGUUGAGAGAACGGUUUCCUAGUCGAGCAUUGGAGCAACAGGAUCGAGUUAAAUGUAUGGCAGCGUUGGACAAUUACGAGGAACUGCUGCAAAAUAAAAACAUUUGCGAGGGCAAUUGCUCGCGUGGCGAAAAAUGUCCCACAGGCGUUUGUAACAUGGACCCAACGAAAGGCCUUUUCCGCCGAAGGCCAAGUACAUCUUCAACACGCUCCCGAUUGCGUCCACAAGCUAAUCAACCAUCAGCAACGGGUAGCACCACAGCACAGUCAUGUCCAACAUCCCCCAAACACUCUGGUGGACAACGUCGCUCAAUCGGUGAUCAACAAAUUCCUGAAGAUGAAGAAGAUGCAACAACAUCCAUGAGGGCAACAACAUCCACCAAACGAACGUCCCAUAGCGUAAAAGGUGAGCGAGCUCCUACAAUUCACACGAUUGAACCAAUAAGCCCCGGAAAUGGUGGUGGUGUUAGUAAAGAAAGAAGUGGUAGAGAAAGAGAUUGUGGGAGUGGAAGAGUUGGUGGUGAUGGUGGUGGUAACGGAAGUGGAAAUGGAGCUCCUUUGCAACGGAGCUCAAGCACGGUCAGUGGUAUGAGUAUUAGACCACGUAGUAGUCCAGCUGGCCUGCAUUCAUAUACAGCAGGAUCAGUACCAUCAUCCGUCCGGGGAUCGCGAGUGGACUUAGAUCAAGAAGACCAAGGAUCAGCCAUUUACCUAGGCUGCUCGGCACCAAAGAAUACAUCAACCUGGUCCUUAUCAUCACGUGGAUCGUCAGGCGGAUCAGCCCCACCAACACCAGUGCACACCCCACCGGUUAGUCCUAGGCAUGGCAUCAGAAGGACAUCAAGCCAAGUGGCGAAAAAGUCCAGAUGAAACCAGAGUAAAACUCAGCCCCCUUCUCCUCUUCCACGAUAUGGAAUGUGAUCAAUAUAUGUAAACUAAAUAAGCAAUCUAGAGCGCUUUCAUUCUCGAAACGAAAACAGUGUUGAAAAAAAUAUAUAAAAAAAAUAGUUAAGCAUGGAUUUUGUGUCUCAUCGGUGUUAUUCGAUUUUCAAAAAACCAAAAACAUUCAAAAACGCACGCGCAUAGUUUUAACCCUUUUCUCUCUCAGUGUUGCCAUUGCAGUAGUUUCUUAUAAUAGAAAAAACAAAAAACCAAACAUGUCGUUCUUGGCUAAAUGUGAAUUAUAAUCCUGGAGAUAAUCAAAUUAUUUUUUAUAAAAAAACAAAAAAACACUACUUAGUGCAUAUCGUAGGUACACAUUGUGAAACAAACAUUAUUUAGAUAUUUAAGAAAGAAAAAAGAAACAAAAACCAAUUACCUAUAUAAAUGCUAUAUUAAAAAUUUUGUUAGAUUUUGUAUUUGAUAUAAACAAACAAAAAACAGAUGACACAAUCAGUACCUUGGUGCUAUUGAAUGCACUUGCGACAAUAUAAAAUGUCAAAAAUGCUAAUUAAAUCAUUUAAAUUAUAUAAAUAAAUUAAGUUAGAUUUAAGUUGUUUUAGAAAUUCUAUCAUUUUACACAUGAGGGUAACCAACCAUAUUCGAGAUUACUUUGUGUUUGGUAUAUUUACAUCAUUGAUAUUUAGAAAACCUGGGAGUUUCAAAAAGUUAAAAAACAAUGCUUUUUUAACUUUAUUUGCAUUGCUUAUAUCAUGCGAAUCAAGUCUAGAGUGCGUUUAACGUUGUAGGAUAAUCUUUUCUUUUUAAACUGAAGUCUUCUUAAAACCAGACUUAAAUGUCCAAAUAUUUCUGUUAUCCAACGUCUCGGUUUUUAACAUUUUUAAAGUGUAUUUUAUUGAUUUCACUUUGAACUAAGCUUUCAAACUUCGUUUUUAAAGCACUCACUCCGACUUAAGACAAGUAUUAAUUUCGUUAAAAAAAACGCUUAUUUUUAACUUUUCAAGCCUUGUGAUGUCUCAGCCUAAGUUAAGUAUACAGUUUAAAAAAUUUCAAAGUUGAAUUUGAAAUCGAUUUUUGAAAGGGCAAGUAUAAUUUUUAAACAUUUUGGUAUAAGGGACCUUAAAAAAUGAAAUCGCAAGCCUAAACUUAUUUUAAGAACUUAGAUUGAUACAAAUUACAAAAAGUCAUUGCGAUUCUUUUUUUUUUUUGUUCUUUUGAAUUGAAAAAUAUUUUCCAACAGAAUUUUACAUUUAUCCGAUAACACUUUCUUAUUCCGUAUCAAUUUCUUAUUUUUUAAAUCAGGAUUUGCCAUCGUUUAUAUUAGUUUUUUUCAUACAUGAAUAUAAAAACGCAUGAAUUUUUAUAAAACACUAAAUUAAAAAAUUCGAGAAAACCACUAAUGCUAACUACUACAACUUUAACAGAUCAAUCCUUCCAGAUGUUUUUUGUGUUAUUCUUUUGAAUAUAAAAGAAAAUGAAAAGUCACAGUUUUCGAUUUUAAUUUUUUUUUUUCAUUUUAAGAAUUUUUUUUUAGAAUUUUCAUUAUAUUAAUAAUUUUGAUUGCUUUUCGAGAAAUCAAACGCUGCUCUCAGUCAAAAUUAAAUUGGCAAUAAACAUAACCUUCUUUGAAAAAUCACUUAAAAUUUGGACUUUUUUGCAUCCAUUAUUUUUUUUCAGUAGAAUACAUCAAUCUUCAUUAGUGCAGCAUAUAAGUUAAAAGUCUUUGUACGAAACCUUUUUUUAAACUUUGUUCCAAAUCAUGAGUCGCAUAAACUGUUGAACAUUGUAAUUGUAAUGGAAGCUGAUUUAAUAAAAUCAUUAAAUUUUGACAGUAUUGUUAGUAAACUUUUUUUUCAUAC